AUGGAUAUAUACAUUUCUCUUUUGACUAACCCAUUAUCACUGCAGGAUUAUGUGAAUGUAAGGCUAGAAGCUAUUAGAGCUGAGUAUCAGAAGAUGCCUGCAUUUCAUCAUGAAGAAGAAAAACAUAAUUUGGAGAUGCUGAAGAAGAAGGGGAAAGAUAUUUUUCAUCAACUUCAUUUAAGUAAAACCAAAAUGGCUCACAGGAGGGAGAUUUUAAGAGGAACGUAUGCGGAGCUGAUGAAAAUGUGCCAUAAACCAGAUGUGGAGCUACUUCAGGCUUUUGGAGACAUAUUAUACAGGAGUGAGUCCGUGCUGCUGCACAUGCCCCAGCCUCUGAAUCUAGAGCUCAGGGCAGGGCCCAUCACUGGACUGAGGGACAGGCUCAACCAAUUCCGAGUGGAUAUUACUCUGCCUCAUAAUGAAGCCAACAGUCAUAUCUUCCGACGUGGAGAUUUCAGAAGCAUUUGUAUUGGAUGUGACCGUCAAAAUGCGCCCCAUAUCACUGCAACACCUACAAGUUUUCUUGCGUGGGGUGCUCAGACUUUCACCUCCGGCAAAUAUUACUGGGAGGUCCAUGUGGGGGACUCUUGGAAUUGGGCCUUUGGUGUCUGUAAUAAGUAUUGGAAAGGGAUGAAUCAGAAUGGCAAUAUACAUGGAGAGGAGGGACUCUUUAGUCUUGGGUGUGUUAAGAAUGACAUUCAGUGCAGCCUCUUUACCACCUCCCCACUUACACUGCAGUAUGUCCCAAGACCUACCAACCAUGUAGGACUAUUCCUGGAUUGUGAAGCUAGAACUGUGAGCUUCGUUGAUGUUAAUCAAAGCUCCCCUAUAUACACCAUCCCUAAUUGCUCCUUCUCACCUCCUCUCAGGCCUAUCUUUUGCUGUAUUCACCUCUGACCAGAGAUAGAUCAGAUAUGUGUUCAUCUGCUGUGGGAACCCCUUCAUCCCAGAAAGCCCUCUUCCUUGUGCCUUAUCAAACAGGACAAAUAGGUUCUGUUUUAUGUCUUGAAUUGCAUUCUAAUGUUAUUA